CAGUUAGACAGAGAGAGAAACUGCCUGCUCAUCACUUUCCCUUGGCCCCCUCUCCCCACCUUUCUAUCUAUCUAUAUAUCCCCCACCUCUUAUCUUUCUCUUGCCUCUUCUCAUCCUGCCGAUCUUUGUCUCUUCUCUUCCCUUCUCUCUCUUUGCAUCUUGUUCAUCUCUCUCCAGUGGCCCUCGAAUCGAUCGAUCUUGGUCUUAAACUAGCUUUAGUUAGUUAGUUCAUUCUUUUGCUGCUGUUUAUGUGCAGCUAGCUUUUCAAAUCUAAUUAUAUAUUUAAGAGAUAGCUAGCUAGAGGGAUCCAUAGAGGUUAGAGAGAUUUGUUGCUUAUUUGGGCGAUCGAUCGAGGGAGGAUGUGCACCAGAGGCCACUGGAGGCCGUCGGAGGACGAGAGGCUCAAGGAGCUCGUCGCGCGGUACGGGCCGCACAACUGGAACGCCAUCGCCGAGAAGCUCCAGGGCCGAUCAGGGAAGAGCUGCAGGCUGAGGUGGUUCAACCAGCUGGACCCGAGGAUCAACCGGAGCCCCUUCUCGGAGGAGGAGGAGGAGCUGCUCCUGGCCUCGCACCGCGUCCAUGGCAACCGGUGGGCCGUCAUCGCGAGGCUCUUCCCGGGCCGCACCGACAACGCCGUCAAGAACCACUGGCAUGUGAUCAUGGCGCGCCGGUGCAGGGAGCGGAUGAGGCUGUCGUCCAACAGACGUGCCACGCCCGCCGCCGCCUCCACCACCACCGCCGGUGCCGAGAAAGACGAGAGCCCUAAGAACACCACGGGCGGCGAGAAGCCGAGACUUCCGGAGACGAAUACCAUGGCCGCCUUGCUCCAUAAGUACCGCAGAGAAUUUGCUGCCCCCUUCGCGAUCAGCCAUCACAGUAGCAAGGAGGGUUACUGCUCAUCCACGAAUGAAGAUACGAAUAGAUCGGUGGAGUUCUACGAUUUCCUCCAGGUGAACGUGAGCUCGAGCGACACCAAGUGCGGCUCGAGCAUCGAGGAGAACCGGGACGACGACGACGAUCAGCAAGCCGAAGGGCAGGUGUCGCUCAUAGAUUUCAUGGAGGUUGGGACUUCUCGUCAGUGAUUUAUCUUAUCUAUAUGUGUUAUGGGUCAGUAUUUAACUAGGGGUGGUGCAUCCAAAGCAGCUUGUAAUGCUUUGUGAGGAGGCCGGGCCAUGCUACAUCUGUAGCAAUCUAACACCAAAUAUACUUAUAGAGGAAGCUAAGCGAAAUGCAAAAGUAUAUAUAUGACAUGUACAUUUAAUUUAUUGAUGUACGCACACAUGCAUGUAUAUGCCCGUCCAUGCAGAGUUCUUCGUGAGAUAUGGAGAACGAGGCUUUUCUCUCAUCAUUUGUAAAUUUAAUUAAUAAUAAACAUUUUUUGUUCUCA